AUGCAAGCAGACGCCAAGCCGCAACGGCGGCCGUUUCAAGGCUCCUGCCACUGCGGCGCGGUCCGAUACACCGUGUACCUCACCGUCCCGCGCCCGCCUCACGCCGAGAGCCCGGCCGCCGACCGAGUCUACCGGUGCAACUGCACCAUCUGUCACAAGUCCGGCUUCAUGCACGUCCGCCCACCCGUACCCGCCGACGACUUUGCGCUGCUGUCACCCGCCAUCGCCGACCUCGGCGACUACCGCAGCUGCAACGCCGGAGCGCUGCGCUUCUUCUUCUGCCGCGUGUGCGGCGUGCGCUGCUUCAUAUUCGCCGGCGAGGGCCACGUCGUCGAGGCCCAGUCGGGAGAUUUGGGGCUCGCCGGGCCGGUGGAGGUGUGGCGGCCGACGGGGCCGGGCGCCGGGUCCAACGCGAAGCUCACGGGGUGCUACCUGAGCGUCAACGGGCACACGAUCGACGCCGGGCAGGACGGGUUCGACAUGCGGGAUUGGGUUGAGCGCGAGUCGGUCAUGUACUACGACUUUUUGAAGGACGAGGAGCCCGGACCCGGGCGGUACGGAAAGCCGUAUCCCGGAGGCUGCUAUUAA